UGAAUUUGCGCGGUAAACCCGGGAAUCAAGGAAGGAGUGACAUUCCCAAAAGAAACAAAGGGCCAAUACGAAGAACAAAUAGAGUUUUUUUUUUUAAUCGAUGAAAGGAGUGAGGGAGGGCACAGGAGACGUGCCAACAACUUAUCAUCGCAUCAUGUCAACUUGUUAGAUUAUUCCUUUUAAAAAAAAUAUUUUCUUAUUUCUCUUUUUUUUAGAUUAUUUCUCUCUUCUUCUUCUUCUUUUUCAUUUUUUUUUUCUGGGAAAAGAAACUGAGGGAGGGAGAGAUAUACAGGUUCUCCUUCCAUUAAUGGCUUGCAUUUUCUCUACCUGAUGUAAAAGGUCCUGCAUUAAUAAACCCUAGUUUUUUUUUCUCUCAAGGGAGGGAAAAUUAAACAUUUUUAAUCAGCGUUUAUUGUGCUUUUCUGAGUUUGGUUUAUUUUCUUUGAUCAUUUAAUUUGAAAAUCAAUUGUUUCCAUCAAUUGAUUAACCAAAUAGCUUUUUGAGGUUAGAUCAUUAUGUUCUGAAUGUUGUUUCUGCAAAUAAUUAUAUAAAAAUAUAAAUGUCAGACUCCGGCGGUUCCCCGGCUUCUUCACCGCCAGCACCACCAGCCGAUUCAGCUCCCCCGCCGGAGACUUCUCCUCCUCCACCGUCUGACUCAUCACCGCCGCCACCCUCUGAUCCACAACCGUCACCUCCUCCUCCAGAUUCACUUCUUCCUCCGCUACCUUCGCUUCUACCACCAUUAACCGCCACUCCGCCUCCAGCUUCAAAUCCUCCACCGGCAGACUCAACCAACUCUCCGCCGCCAACAUCAACUGAAACCCCUUCUCCUCCUCCUCCUGCGAAUUCAGAUGCUCCACCAAACGAAUCCAACAACCCACCUCCAUCUCCAGACGUUCAAUCUCCUCCUCCUCCACCGUCAUCUCCUUCAACAAACCCUGAAACCCCACCGCCGGAAUCUCCUCCUGCUCCACCGUCAGACCCCACCAACUCUCCCCCAAUCCAACCAUCACCACCAGCUUAUUCCCCACCGCCUAGCUCCCUCCUUGCACCACACAAACCUAACGGUGGCUCCGGUAGGCCCGUCGUGUCUCCAUCAGUCCCCAGCAGAGAAACGCCUCCCACAAACAGUAGCAAUGGAAACCAGACUAUGGUCGGUAUGGCUGUGGCCGGUGUCGCCAUCAUGGCCCUUAUAGCCAUUGUGUUCUUUGUAAGAAGAAAGAAAAAGAAAAACAUUGAUGCCUACGCUCACUCACACUACUUACCACACCCUAACUUCUCCGUCAAGUCAGAUGGAUUCUCAUACGGACAAGACCCUAGUAAAGUAUACUCUGGUCCUGGCGGUUCAAUGUACAACUCCCAGCAGCAAUAUUCCUCUAUGGGGAACAGCUACGGUAGCCAAAGAGGUCAAUCCAAUGACUCUGCUAUCCUCGGAACUGGCCAGACUCAUUUCAGUUACGAGGAGCUUGCGGACAUAACUCAAGGCUUUGCUCGGCACAACAUUCUUGGAGAAGGCGGGUUUGGUUGCGUCUACAAAGGUACGUUGCAUGAUGGUAAAGUUGUUGCGGUGAAGCAGCUUAAAGCUGGAAGCGGACAAGGUGACCGUGAGUUUAAGGCAGAGGUUGAGAUCAUCAGCCGUGUUCACCAUCGGCAUUUGGUUUCUCUGGUCGGUUACUGUAUUUCGGACCAACAUAGAUUGCUUAUCUAUGAGUAUGUUUCUAAUCAAACGUUGGAGCAUCAUUUGCACGGUAGGGGAAGGCCGGUUUUAGAGUGGUCUAAGAGAGUCCGGAUCGCUAUAGGAUCAGCCAAAGGGUUGGCGUAUCUGCAUGAAGACUGUCAUCCAAAAAUUAUUCACAGGGACAUUAAGUCAGCAAACAUUCUGCUUGAUGAUGAAUAUGAAGCUCAGGUAGCUGAUUUUGGGCUUGCUAGACUCAAUGAUACAACACAAACUCAUGUAUCAACUAGGGUUAUGGGGACCUUUGGGUACCUAGCGCCAGAAUAUGCAUCAAGUGGAAAACUGACUGAUAGAUCCGAUGUGUUCUCCUUCGGGGUUGUUCUGUUAGAGCUUGUAACGGGACGUAAACCAGUUGACCAGAACCAGCCACUAGGAGAGGAGAGUUUGGUCGAAUGGGCACGUCCGCUGCUUCUAAAAGCCAUUGAGACAGGAGAUUACAGCGAACUGAUCGAUAGACGACUCGAAAAACAUUACGUGGAGCAUGAAGUCUUCAGAAUGAUUGAGACAGCCGCUGCUUGUGUUAGACAUUCUGGUCCUAAACGUCCACGCAUGGUUCAGGUUGUGAGAGCAUUGGACUGUGAUGAGGACUCUGGAGAUAUUAGCAACGGAAUCAAAGUUGGGCAAAGCACAACUUAUAACUCAGGGCAAUACAACCAAGACAUCACGAAGUUCAGGAAAAUGGCGUUUGGUUCUGGUGAUAGCGGAGAGGCCGGGAUGUAUAGUGGAGAUCACUCUGUCAUAAGCUCUUCUGAUUUCUCAGGGAAUGAAUCCGAGACUCGACCUUUCAAUAACAGACGUUUCUAAAUUGGUGAAAGUAAUACGUAUAUUUGCCUCUUUUUCUUGAGCUAUGUAAAACCAUUCUUUUUGUGUAUUGUGUUGAGAUGCAUUUCUUGUUAGGUGCCUUUAGGUUUUGUUUUGAGAGAGGCUGAAUAGUGAAGAACUCUGCAGUCUGAUGAAAACGUUCUUCCAGAAAUUUGUUGAUUUUUUUUUUAA